AUGGAGAACAUGUUGGACGUUCAACGACACGCACCCAUACGGGACCGUGAGGUAGACGUCCUCCAGGAACCAACAGAGAAGGACAGGAGGGAGAGGGUGUUCAAGAUAGUCCCCAAGUACAAGAUGACGCUCAACAAGAUCUACAGGCCCAUGGUCGCGAGAGAGUACUUUUCGUUGUUGUUCAGGCAGCGGGGGUCCCCGAGCAUCGACAUGUUCACGAGCGAGAUCAUUAAAUCAGUGCGACAAGCUCUCGGGUACAACAAGCUCGUGACUAACACCGUGACGCGAAUCCUGGUGCUGGGCAAGUGGACGACCUCGAACUGUAGGAUCACCAUGUAG